AUUUAACCAUGUUGUUUUAUUUUUUAUUCAUGACUCCAUUUUUAAGCGAGUAUUCAGUUUGCCGAUUCUAUCGCUUUUCCAUUGUGAGGGCCUAAUGCAGCCUGCAAACAAAGGCAUUUCAGCAUUUGAGCUGCAAGAAACAACGCUCAUAUACAUGACUCAAUUGAAUUUAUUAUAGUUCUAUUAUGAAAGUUAGUUAUAUCACCAAUCUAGUUUUUGGUACUGCAAAAUUCAAUGACGGCAUAGCUUGAGAUAAAUAUGUUGUUUCCUUUGUAAAAUCUGAGUUGAAGUGCCACACAUACUCUUCAACUCUUGUGAGCAAGUGCUGCAAUUUCCCAUUUACUUACCAGCAAUUUGCCUAACCUAGUCAUUUUACAUGAUAUGAACUUAAUACAUAUUUUAAAGUUGUAUAGUCAAUCUGGGCAAAAAAUAUGCAAGUGUCUCUGUGGGGGAAAAAUUACGCACCACCUUUUCAUCCACGCCCAAUCACUUAUAACCCUUUUGCUUGUGUUUCCCAGAGAGCCUAGAGAAGGCCUGUCAAUAUGACCUGCCUUUCCCUUCUGUAAGCAUUCUUGAAUAAAGGGGAAUUUAAUGUUUUCCUUGUAAAUUGGCCCAAAAUAAUGUUUUGUCAGGAAUCAUCAACAUUUUUUUUAUUGUUGCAUCAGUUAGUGUUCUCAAUUGUUCUAAGGGAUUAGCCUUUGAACCUUUGAUAAUUACAUUUGCUUGCUAUCUUUUGUUUUGUCUACAUGGCAUGCAUAUUUUUUGGACAAACCAUUUUUGAGCACAUGGGGAAAAAUUAUGCACUCCUGGUUUUGAUUGAUGUUGGUAUUGGAGUCACAGAGGCACAAAUUAUCAAGAAAUAUUACAUAAGCUCAUAUAAAAAGGAGUUUGUAAUGUAUUUUUGGCACUUAAAGGGGCAGUGUCAUAAGGGACAUCCCAUGUGGCAACACGCCAGUUUGCGAAAGUUGUUUGGGUGAAACAACCUGCGUUCAAUAGGAAAACCAGUAUGGAAUUAAACAGUUUUUUGUAUCCGUGCUCAUUGUGCAAACCUUUUGCAUUUUUUGAUGUUUUAUGAAAGGAAACAAAUAGUAAAAGCUCUUUCUUCAGUCUUGUCACCAUAUUUCUUUGGAUAAAGGAUGGCAAUACAAAAAAACAAAGGUCACUUUUACGGCUAGGAUACCGCAACUCGCAGGGGGCUGUUUAUAGAAAUUGGCCAAGAUGACACCAAAAAACCUACCUUACCAAUGAAUAUUAUGAGUGAAAAACAUUAUUAAUGUUUGCUGGACAAAUUUUGAGUGAUCAUUUUGUUGUAGAAUGUCUAAUUCCAUCUAAAUUCACCUAGACAAACGGAAAAUCUUCGCCAUUAUUGAAUGAAGCUUCAUUUCCCUAGCCUGGACCAAAUUAACAUAGAUUUUUCGUUUUGAUAGUUGGUUCAUAUGUUGAAAUAUAGCAAUUGUCCAUUCUAUGCUCGGUAAAUACGCUCAGAAAAUACACUUUAUCGAGCUAAUCAAUGCACCGGAGCAUCAUCAGCCAUAUAUCCAAAUGUGCAAGUCAGGCUAAAAACGCACAAUGUCCCGUGUAUUUGGUUUGUUUACAACACCAUGACACAGCUCCUUUAAGUCAUAGCCUCAUUUUCAUAUGCUGAAGUUUUUAAUAGCAGACAUCCUCAUGCUUUUUAACUUUAAAAUCACUUAGAAGCUGUUCAAAACUAUUGCUUAACAUUAUUGCAUGGAAAAUCAAGUAUAGUCACGGCGGGUAAUUCUUACGCACAGCAACAUGUCGGGUUAUUUUUACGCAUGCCGUAAAUUACGUAAUGUGAUUGUUUUUUUCUAAAAAAACUUUGUGUCCAUGUAAGGUAGUCAUUCCUCUUUCUGUUGACGUAAAACUUAGCAGUAGGUACGCGCGACAGCCUUUGUGAAAGCAUUCGGCAGACAUGAAUCAGAUUUUACCUAGGUACAAAGUUAUCAACACUACCCAUCAAUUUUAUUGCCCUGGCAUCAUGCGGACAAUAACUAAUCCUUUUAAGCAUUCAAAUGACUCUUUUGUGGAUCACCUUUGACCUAUUCAAGUACUGCUGAGAAAUGCUUUUCUGUCUUUCGUUAAAGGAUGUGCGUAAAUAUUAGCCGACGCCCAUGAGGUAGGCGUUUAAUUUUUACGCAGUGACUCAAGGGGAACAGGGUUUAAAUAAACGAUGCAAUCUUUAUUUCAUUAAUUUAGAGAAAGAGGAAAACUGAAUUUUCGUUAACAAAAUGUCUAAGGCUGCUAAAAAAAGUUCUAAAAAUUGGUCGAGUAAGGAUAUUGACCAAGCUUUGGCUGAAAUUCAAAGUGGACAAUCGAUUAGGAGCACUGCGUCAAAAUAUGGGAUGUCUGAAGGAACACUUAGAUAUCGUUCUAAAUUGUUAGAAAAGGGGGAAACUCUUCAAAAAAAAGGGCGUCCAACUGCUUUUGAUGAAGAAACUGAAAGGAAGCUUGCAUCUUGCAUUGGGGUUAUGUGCAAACUUGGUUUUAGCCCUACCGUUCAAGAGAUUCUUCAUCUUGUUUCUUGUUACUUGUCCGCUAACAGCUUAUUGUUGUCCUCAUUUAAAACUGGAAAACCUGGCAAGGAUUGGUUUUACGCGUUUGCUAAGAGGAAUAACCUGUCAUUGAAGAAGGCCGCUUUAAUCAGCUCUGCUAGAAAGUCAGCAACAGCAAACCCCUUCGUUGUUUACGAUUUUUAUGACCAGCUCGAUGAAAUUAUAAAAUCUAACAAUUUAAACGAAGAACAAAUCUGGAACUGUGAUGAAUCUGGCUUUCCGAGUGACCCAGGACACUGCAGAGUAGUCAGUGAAAAAGGAAAAGUUGCAUAUAAGGUUACUUGUGGAGCUGGGCGUGAAAACACAACUACGUUGGCUGUCUGCAAUGCUGCGGGAAAAUGCUUAGAUCCUUUCGUUAUCUUUACUGGUAAAAAUCUGCAGUCAACAUGGAGGGGAGAGAGGGCUUUACCUGGAACGUGGUAUGGGGUAUCUCAGAAUGGCUGGAUGACAACAGAACUGUUUGAUGGAUGGUUUAAACGCUUUACACAGGAGAUUAAAACAAGACCUUUGCUGUUAAUCUUUGAUGGCCAUCUGACCCAUGUAUCCAUUUCUGUAAUCGAAAAAGCCAUUGAAGAAAAUAUUAUUCUUGUCAAGCUACCCCCUCAUGUAACUGAUAAGUUACAGCCACUUGAUGUUUCUUGCUUUGGGCCUUUGAAAAGACUUUGGGAGAAAACGCUCAACAGCUGGAUUAAUGAUUAUGGUCCCCGGGAGCCUAUAAGAAAAGCCCAAUUUGUUAAUAAGUUGGGGGAUAUUUGGCAUAAGGGUUUGUCCCCUGAAAAUAUUAGAGCUGGCUUUAGGGCUACAGGUGUUUACCCGGUUGACAGAAAGCAAUUCCCGGUUGAGCGUUUUGACACUCGUCUUAUUAAGCGUUACGAUGCAUGGGUACAAGCAGGUCGACCGAAAGAGCUUUUAAAUGACCUUGCUACUGGGGUUCGUUCGCCCAAAAAGGCUAGCCCACAAAAAGGAAGAUCUCCUUCCAAGCGACCCAUGGGGCCACAAGCUACAUCAACCCCUUCAAAAACGCCUGUUUCUAAUGAUGAUUGUCCAUGUGGUCUGGCACAAAAACUUGGUCCUUUUCCUUGUCCAGCCCCUCCUGGAAAAGUAUGGGUCCCAAUAUGGCACCUACAAGAUGAGCCGUCCCCGCAACAAAGCCAAAACCGGAGUUUUGAAGAACUUAUUCUUGAAAAAAUGAAAGGACCCAUCGAUCAGCCAAAAAAGAAGCGCCGCAAGAUAGACUUGAUGACAAAAGUUAUCAGCGACGAGGAUUACUUGAAUGCAAUUAAGGAGAAAGAAGAAAAGCAAGGCAGCGAAACAGUGAAAAGAAAGAGAGGGCGACCAAAAAAGCUGAAGGCUGACGACGAUUCCUUCCAAAUCCAAGAAGAGGUUCUUUCUGAGUCAGAAAAAGAGAGCAGUGAUGAUGAUGUAAGCGAAGACGAUCUUGCAACAAACCCUUCUUUCCCACCCACUACUCAGCGCCAAGCCACAAUCUACCUAAAAGAAUUCUGGCAGUCUCUGUGCCCCCCAGUGGAAGAAGUUGAAAUUAUUGGGAAAUGGUAUGCCGCGAUUUUUUUAGGGAAAAAAAGUCAGCAAAUCUACAUUGGCAAAGUUACAAAGAGAUUUUUGGCGGAUGUGGAUGGGCCAGCAACUGGCAUCGAACUUGAUUGUUUAAAGCCACAUUUUGGCAGUGGGACGGUCUUGGAAGGAAUUCCAUCACAUUUACCGAGGGAUAUAGACCUCUUCGAUAUUGAGAAUGUUUUUGCCGGCCCCUUACUUGUAAAACCAGUAAAGGGAAACAAGUGGGAGGUCCCAGAUUAUGAAGAUGUUAAGCGGGCGUUUGACAUUAUUUCAAAAAUUGAUCGCGAACACGAAUAUUCGUCAAACUUUUUUACGUUUUAAAAACAAUAACAGCGAGACUAUCUACAUCGUUAUGUCGAUAUUUAACCUUUAGUAUUUUAAAAGCAACAUCGUUUAUAUAAAUUAAUUUUUUUCCACUUCAAUGUUUUAUAUCCAUAAAAAUGACACAAUAAAACACGCUCGACCUCCAUUUCCUGCAAGUAGCUUUAUUUUGUUGUACUCAAUGCUUGUGGUCAAUUUUGAAUUGCAGGCAACCACAAUAUUUGGUUGGUGUUUCCGGUUUUAUUUAGAAAUUGAUGUGCGUAAAAUAUAACCGAUGCCGCGUAAGAAUUGUCGGAAAGGUCGGCUAAUCUUUACGCAAUUAAAAUUAAUUAAAUAAUUAGUAAGCAGUUUUGAUUUUAUCAUCUAUUGUUGUCUGCUAAUUAAGUAUUGGCUAUAAUUGCGCCAGGUAUAUUCAGGUCAUCAAAUUACUUUGUUUUUGUCCAUAAAUUCAAAGUUGAUAAAAAAUGCGUAAAAUUUGCCCGCCAUGACUAUAUUAUAUGAAUGCUCUUUUAAGAUUUCAUUUUCAUCAUGUAUUUAAUUUUUAUUUCGGUAAUCCAUGUAUAAUUUAGACAGGUCCUUUAUUGAUAACAGCACGUUGUUGCUGACCAAAGUUAACCUGUAUAAAUAUGAUAUUAUUAUUAUUAUUAUUAUUAAUCUAGGAUUCAUUCUUGUGUGUGUCUAUUUUUUCCCCACCCAUCCGCAUUUUUUACCCCCAUUUGGUGGGGGAAAAAUUUUGCAUUAAUUUUCUUUAAUUAUAAGAAGGUUAAUUGGAUUAGCAAAAUAACAAAGGUUUGGUUUAAAAGGUAUUACCAUUCAAGAUAAAUAAAAAAAUAUUGACAAGAUAUCUUUUGAACAUUUUUCUGGAGCAAACUUGUGUAAAAUGCAUAUUUUUCCCCAAACUGUAUAAUUAUUUUGUUAUGUUAUUUUUACUGUUAUUCUUAAUGUGAAAUUAACACCUGCUUAAACAUUUUUGUAUGUUUAAGUCCACUAUACCAAUGCUAAUGUUUUUA